AUGGCUAGUAGAAGUGCGCUUUCAAUAAGUGAAAAAAAAAGUGUCCUAGCCAAUUAUGACAAGCUUCCCGAGAAGACGAAUCAGAGAUUAGCAGCACAACAAUUGGGCAUUCCGCAGUCAACAUUAAAUAAGUUACUGAAAUCCCGUAACGAAAUAAGUUACUGCACUGAAUCUCAAAAUAGAAAACGUAAACGUGAGAGCAAAAGUAAGGCAACCGAUGAAGCUCUUUUCAUGUGGUUUAAGCAAGCUAGCGCUAUGAAUGCUCCUAUAAAUCGCAGCAUAUUAAUGACAAAAGCCAAUGACUUGGCCAAAAAAAUGGGAGAAAUUAAUUUUAAUGCAACUGAUGGUUGGUUGACUAGGUGGAAAGAUCGCCACGAUAUUGUUUACAAAAAACUUCAUGGAGAAAAACAAGACGCAGUUGCGAGUGGUGCUGAUUCUUGGAUUAAAACAACGUGGCCAACUGUUUUGAAUAAAUACGGUCCGGAAAACAUCUUUAAUUUAGAUGAAACAGGGCUGUACUAUAGAGUAACACCUGACUAUUGCAUGGUUUUAAAAAAUACACCGGCCUCUGCAGGGAAAAAGAAUAAAGCGAGGAUCACUGUGGCUUUAACGUGCAAUAUGACGGGUACUGUAAAAAAAAAACCAAUAGUCAUUGGUAAAAGUAAGCAACCAAGAUGUUUUAAAGGUGUCAAGAACUUACCUGUUGACUACUUCAGCAAUAUAAAUGCUUGGAUGACAUCUUUUAUUUUUGAAAGUUAUUUGAGAAAAUGGGAUUCAACACUUGAUCACAAAAUCGCUCUAAUUUUGGACAAUUGUACAGCGCAUCCCAACUUUUCUUUAAAGAACAUUGAACUGGUAUUUCUUCUUCCCAAUACAAUGUCUUUAAUUCAGCCCAUUGAUCAGGGUAUCAUCAAAGCUUUUAAGACUUUUUACAGGUCCGAUAUGAGAAGCCAAAUUAUUGACGCAAUCGAUGACGGACAAGGGAAUGGUAACGACAUAGCUAAGAACAUGACAGUGCCACAGGCAAUUCACAUGUCACACAAUGCUUGGAUGAAAGUUACAACUUCAUGUAUAGUGAACUGCUUUAAAAAGUCUGGUAUGGUUCCCAUAACCACGAAUGAAGCCCUUGAACUCGAUUUACCCGAUGUACCAGUAGAUAUUUCAGGACUCCAGAUAGACAAAGAAACCUUCAAUGAGUGGCUGGAUGUAGAUAAGGACUUACCAGUUUUUCAAGUGAUGAAUGAUGACGAAAUAGCUGCUGAAAUAGUUUCACAUAAGGAACAGGGAAAUGAUGUUGAAGUGCAUGAUGAAGACGAAGUUGAAUAUGCAGAGGACCGAGUACCAGUAACCAGGAGUGAAGUAUUCAAUGCAAUUAAUACACUGAGAAGAGCUAUUGAAGAGCAUGACAUAGGCACAAAUUACUUUGAUACGUUGAACAACUUAGAGCACAUUAUGAUGGUUUCCAUACCAAAAAAACAGGAGCAAAUUACCGACUUUUUGAAAAGAACCUAA